UCUAUUUCUCCUUGUACACGCAUACACGUUCCGUCCUUUUUCCUCUCUCUCUGUUUCUGACUCUCUUUCUAUCUGGGAAUCGCUUACGUCCUUCGCCCUUUUCGUCCGACAUUCGUCUUACAAAUAGCACACAUCUAGGCGGCUCUUCUACUCCCGGACGCGCUAGCCGGUACCGUAUUUCGCGACGGAAAAGUAUAUUAUUCGACGCAUGCUACCCCGUAUGCGUACAUGUGUAUCGUGGAGCCGGCUUCAGGCACAUUUGUCUCGAAGAUAUCUACGAAAGGAAGGAUUUUUGUUCUACUGUCAGUACAAGUACAACGAUUUCUCCUAAGGAUAACUCAUUGAACUAUCAACAUCUACAAGAAGAAGUUACUUCAAAUUCAACGAUAAGAAUCGUCGUCAUCGCACUGUCACGGGAAAACAUCAUCGUCACCAUCAUCAGAUGCGGUAUCAGAUGAGGAAAAGGAUUCUAAACAAGGGACUAAAAGAAAAAACGUGCAUAGAAUUAGAAUGAUCACGACGAUAUGGGACGAAACGGUGAAUUACUUCGAGGCCGAAAAUUUCGAAUGAUUCUGAAACAUUCAGAAUAUUAAACGAAUUUUUUAAUUAAAAGACAGAACAAGGAAGAAGAGCGACGAAAUCAAAUUAAAGAAAAAUACACAAAUUAUACUCAUUCCUUUAUUUUCGCGUGUUAUUGAAACACGAAAUAUUGCGAUGCCAAAGGACGUACAACGAUUGGUGCAUGACACGAGUAAUUCCUGAAGACAAAUUUCCUUUAUAUUUAACAUCGAAUCGUAAAGGUGUAGGCUAAUUAUGGAUGACAUAAAGGUGCCCAAUUUAGGACAAGCUGCAUCGGCCGCAUGCUCAAUGGCUACAAAUUUCUUAGCCCCAGUCAAAACCGAAAGGCAAAUUUACGAAAAUUCAAUGCUCGAAGAUGAUCCUAAUGCAAAUUCAGUGGUACCCACUUCUAAUGAAGAUAGGAUAGUACCGAGAUGGGGCCCUAGUCACAAAGGUGCACAAGAAUUAGCAAAUCUUUACAGUACCGGAAAAAGAACACAAGAGUGUAUAUGUGUUGGUAUUUGUAUUGCAUUGGUAGCAGUAAAUUCGUUAUUCAUCCUAGUCAGAUUAAAACUUGAAAAUUUAAGUGCAAUAGCAGUAGCAGCAUUAUGCGGAAUUGUCACGGCGGAUUUUGGAUCAGGAUUAGUUCAUUGGGCUGCCGAUACAUGGGGUUCUGUCGAAUUACCCAUUCUUGGAAAGAAUUUUUUAAGGCCUUUUCGAGAACAUCACAUUGAUCCAACCAGUAUAACGAGACACGAUUUUAUUGAAACGAAUGGUGACAAUUUUAUGGUUACCAUACCAUUCCUUUCUAAAUUAACAUGGGAUUUUCUUACUUUAUCAGAACCGGAAAUCGAGCAGAAAUUUCUUUGGACGUGUUAUUGGUUUUUGCUUGCAAUUUUUGUAGCAAUGACUAAUCAGAUUCAUAAGUGGUCUCAUACAUACUUCGGACUUCCUCCCUGGGUAGUUUGGCUGCAGGAACACAGAAUAAUUUUACCGAGGAAACACCAUCGCGUGCAUCAUGUUGCGCCGCAUGAAACAUAUUUUUGCAUUACCACUGGCUGGUUAAACUGGCCAUUAGAAAAACUCCAGUUUUGGUGUAUUUUAGAAAUCAUUAUUGAAAAAUUAACUGGUUGUAAGCCUAGAGCGGAUGACCUAAAAUGGGCACAGAAAAGAUCUUGAGAUUUAAUAUGGUUUUUCUUAGCUCUGCAUUUUAGGGGUAUUCAAGAUAUGUAAUAUAGCAUCAUAUAUUUUUGAGGGACUGAUAAAAUAACAUCGAACUACCGACUAAAAAUACAAAAAGGGAAAUUUAUGCACAGACAAUAGUAAAAGCUUGAGUGAUACACAUAAAAAUGAUAUUAAAUCUAUAUAGUUUUUUUAUACUAGUACUAUGAGGCCUUUGAAUAAAAAAAAGUCUGGAAUGACUAAGAAUAAAUAGUAUUACUUGAAAAUGCUUUUGAACUUUACACGUUUAUAAUACGUACAUGCAAUAAUAUAUGUACAUGUAUAAGACAAAUGUAAUAUUGUAACGUUAUAUAUGUCAUAUAAAAAAUUGAUAAUUGGCCUGUUGUACUGUAUUAUGAAAUUUGUUUCAUAGCACAAUGAUUUCACAAAAUGCACAAGACUCACUGGAUCUUAGCAUUAAAAAAUGUAUAAUUAAUUUCAUUAUGAAAUAUCUUUAAGCAAACACAGGAAAGGUAAAGACAAAGUUUAAAAUAAAAAAAAAUAAACUAUCCUAUAGUUUCAACGUGUUUUCUAAGCACAUAUGUCCAGUGACUGAAGUAAAAAGAAAUAUAAAUAUAUAUAAUAAGCUUAAAGUAUACGUACGUGUAUAUAUAAUUUUUACACACAUAUGCACACUUACAUAAAUUAUAUAUACAUAUAUUUAAUGAACUGACUUGAUUUCAUAUAUACAAUCAUUCGCACAAUUUAUUUAAGAACAAAUUUUAAGAUAAUAAUAAUUAUUGUAUAAAUAUUGAUGGUUUUAAUAAGUUUUAUAUAUUAAUCAAGCUUAACUUUUUUUUAAUAGCUUAUAAUGCAAAUUUCCCUGAACCUUUAAAGAUCUUUGACCCAUUGAGGUGUAUCAAAAUAGAAGAUUACUUGUUUUUGAAAAUAUAAAUGGACAUUGCCAACUUAACAGUUAAUAAGUCACUUUGUUUAAAUGUAUAUAUUGUAUAGUUUAUUUAUUUAUUAUUCUAUAUAAUUUAUUAUUCUUGUAUACACAAAAUAUACUAAAUUAAAAUUUGCAUUAGAUGUUGAACUAACAAUCACAGCAUUGUAUUUGUAAUAAUAUAGGCAAUUAAUUUUUAUUUGUAACUGUUGUGUUAACUAUUUAAUAAAAGUGGCAAUGUCAUUUAAAAUUGCAAUGAUA